GGAGUUAUGGAAACUGUGGGUCUGGCCCCUGAGGGGGCACAGUACCUAGAGGCCGGCCUGUCAGCUGGAGUAGUGGAGACCAUACUCAGCUCUAGAGCUCCCUCCACGAGGAAACUGUAUGGUUUAAAGUGGAAUGUGUUUAUUGAUUGGUGUAGGAGGCGUGAGGUUGACCCAGUUAACUGCCCAGUGGCUUCAGUGCUGGAGUUCCUCCAAGAUCGCUUCUCCUCUGGUCUUACCCCGUCCACGCUCAAGGUGUACGUGGCUGCCAUUGCGGCUUUCCACGCUCCGUUGGGUGAUGGGUCUCUGGGGAGACACCAAUUGAUCGUACGUUUCCUCCGUGGAGCUUGGAGGAUGAGACCUGCGGCUCGUACCAGGGUUCCCUCUUGGGACCUGGCAGUAGUUCUAGAAGGAUUGGCUGAGGCCCCCUUCGAGCCACUGGAGUCGGCUGAGGCCAAGAACCUAACGCUGAAGGUCGCUUUUCUGUUGGCCAUCACUUCUCUGAGGAGGGUGGGAGAUCUUCAGGCGCUCUCCAUAUCUAACGAGUGCCUGGAGUUUGCUCCAGGCAACAUUAAGGCCAUCCUUCACCCUAGGCCUGGCUAUCUGCCUAAGGUGCCAUCUAAUGUGGCACGGCCUACGGUUCUGCAGGCAUUUCAUCCCCCACCUCACCUGACGGCGGAUGAGGAGAGACUUCAUAGGCUCUGCCCUGUCAGAGCACUGGGGAUAUAUAUUCAGAGGUCCUCUUCAUGGCAGAAGGCGGACCAGUUGCUGGUAUGUUUCGGGUCGCCCAAAAAGGGGUUUCCGGCCUCAAAACAAACCAUCAGCAACUGGAUUGUCAAUGCGAUUUCCACAGCUUAUCAGGUGCGCGGUAUGCCUUCACCUUUGGCUGUGAGGGCCCAUUCCACUAGAGGCAUAGCAUCCUCUAGGGCCCUUCUCGCAGGGGCCCCCAUCCAGGAAGUCUGCGAUGCAGCUGGAUGGGCUACCCCACAUACCUUCAUUAGGUUUUACAGCUUAGACAUUCCGUCGACACCCGGCUCUCUUGUGCUCGCGUCCUGAGUGUGCCUGUGAGCAGCUUCACACCAGGACAGGCAGGGCGCGUUGUGGCGUAGUGGGUACUCGUUCCCCCAAAGUGUCACUUGGACGCAGUUCGAGUUCCCUCGAUAGGGA